UCUCUCCUCUGCACCCACUCGCACAGCAGUUGUACUUGAACGCAGCACGCCGGGGUUCUCAGUCCGUACGUCUGUUGCACUGCUGCGGGGCUCGGACAAGUUACGCUCAAGCGGUGGGAAGAGCGCUUCUCUUCUCCGGAUCCAUGUGGCACUUUUAUGCGCGCCAUCUCUCCAGCGGUGCAUGGUGGGGGCUCUUAAUUAAGCACCCCUUGCUGCAUUUCAAACACAUCUCCUCCUCAGGGACAUGCACUUGCUUGGCUUUGCAGGCGCAAACUGAGUAAAAGAUCCAAGUACCAGUGGAUCUUGCUGUUGUUAUUGUUGUAAUUUUUUUUUUAAAUUAGCAGAGGAUACAGCAGGAAAGCUCCUGGAUCUUUUAUCCAAGUCCACAAUGCUCAGACUGGAGAUGCUCGUUUACACUUUUUCUGCGCUGUGCAUCGCAUCCAAAGCAGAAUUGAAAGCAAGGAAUUGCACCGAGGUGAGGGAAGCUUGUGUAGCCAGGGGCUUCAACUUCACGCAUGUUCCCCUCCAGGAGAUUCCAGGCGAAAAUCUGCGAGUGUGUCCGCAUUCUAACACAUGUUGUACCCAAGAAAUGGAAGACACCUUUGGCCAGCGGAUUAAACAAGAGUUUAGUGAUCUGGUGGAUGAGAUGAGUCACACCUUGAGGAGCAUGUUUGUGUCUCGACAUCAGAAGUUUGAUGAAUUCUUCUUGGAGCUCCUGGAGAACACUGAGAGGUCCUUGAACGAGAUGUUCGUGCGAACGUACGGCAAGCCUUACAUGCAGAACGCCGAAGUGUUCGAGAACCUCUUCGCCGAACUCAAGCGCUACUACACGGGGGGCAAUGUCAACCUGGAGGAAAUGCUCAACGACUUUUGGUCGCGGCUUCUGGAGCGUAUGUUCACUCUGCUGAACUCCCAGUAUGUCAUCACUGAAGACUACCUGGAGUGCGUCAGCAAGUACACAGAUCAGCUCAAGCCCUUCGGAGACGUGCCCAGGAAACUGAAGGCUCAGAUCACCCGGGCGUUCAUCGCUGCUCGCACUUUUGUCCAAGGACUCUCGGUCGGCCGCGAGGUGGCUCAAAGAGUCUCUAAGGUAAGCAGCACUCCGGCAUGCAUGCGAGCGCUGACCAAGAUGUCGUACUGCCCCUUUUGUCAAGGCAUGCCAGCCAUUAAACCCUGCAAGAACUACUGCCUCAAUGUCAUCAAAGGCUGCCUGGCCAAUCAAGCCGACCUGGACCCCGAGUGGAACCAAUACAUCGAUGCUAUGCUGCUAGUGGCUCUGCGGCUGGAGGGACCUUUUAACAUCGAAUCCGUCAUGGACCCCAUUGAUGUCAAGAUCUCAGAAGCUAUCAUGAAUAUGCAAGACAACAGCGCCCAGGUCUCCUAUAAGGCUUUUCAAGGUUGCGGUCAGCCAAAACCCGCAGGAAUGACACGGUCUGCCCGUGGCGUUGCGGAUGUGUUCAACGCCCGCUUCAGGCCCUACAACCCAGACGAGCGUCCCACCACGGCAGCUGGCACAAGCCUCGACAGACUGAGGAUUAUUUGGAAUACUAUGCAACACAGCGUUGUUGACAUAAAAGAGAAACUCAAGCAGUCCAAGAGAUUUUGGUCCAACCUGCCUGAGGAGAUGUGUGUGGACACCAGGCUUUCUGUUGGGAAUGCUUCUGAUGAUCAGUGCUGGAAUGGACACACCAAGGGGAGGUACUUCCCAGAAGUGGUAACGGAUGGAUUAACCAACCAGGUAAACAACCCCGAGGUCAAUGUGGACAUCACCCGUCCGGACACGUUCAUCCGUCAGCAGAUCAUGGCUCUCCGAGUGAUGACAAACAAGCUGAAAAAUGCCUAUAAUGGCAAUGAUAUCUACUUUCAGGACUCCAGCGACGAGGGCAGCGGUUCCGGCAGCGGAAGUGGCUGCACAGAGGCCUGCCCCACAGAGGCAGAUGUGGCCCCUCCCGAAGCCCCGGGCGUGGAAGCCGACCGGAGGGGUCCAGUAGACGGCACUUGUUCAUCCCACGCGCCCCCCUCAAGCCUCUUAACCAUAGUGGCCCUCUUGGCUGUGCUACUCCAAAUACAUUGGAGAUAAUGCAGGGGGAAACAGGUGGGGACGAGUUUUUCCACACAGGAUUCAGACUGAACAAGUCAAGUCAGUCAUGCAUCAAUUUUCCCACUUUCCCAAAGAAUGCACAUUUAUUGACUUGAUAGUUCACAUGGUUCCUCUGUUCGACGCUGAAGCCGGCCCCAUGAUCUCCGCUUGAGAGAUUAAAACUAUUUUUUAUUCAAGGAAAAAAAAAAGGCAACAACUUUUUGCACAUAUAUGUCAGGCAGCAAUGUCUGCCCCCAAGUGGAAGAAAAUAGCACGCACUUUGAUUGUUUUGACUUUUUGUGUUAAGGAAAAAAAUAUGUGUGUGUUUAAGAUCAUUUUUAAAAAUGUGCUUAUUGAUGACUUCAAGUGGUACAGUUGUGUUCAAUGUAACAUUUAAAUCAGAUUCAAACGAUUUAAUGGCAGGAGUGACAGAGUUUAACUUGCAACUUUAAUUUCCAUGAAAUCAUCAGCACUAAUAAUGAAUUUGCUUUCAUUUUAAAUCGUUUUUUUUAUUCACCUAUCAUAUUCUCAAAAGGAUUUCAAGUAUGUCUUUAUAUAGUCUGUCCUCAUGCCAUACAAAAGGGAAAAUUGUAGUAUACUUGCAUUUGCCAUUUGCCUUGCAACACAUUCAUCAACCUUCUGCAAAAUAUUCCAAACAUUCUUUUGUUGUUUGUUUGUUCCAAUUAAGCUGUUUUAAGAGAAGACAGUCUUGGCUGCAGUGCCUCCAUUGCCAUUUUGUAUUUAUCCACAAGGCUAAUUGUUGUUAGCGUCUAGCCAUUGAAAGUACAAACAUUCUGUCGAUAAAAAUAUAAAUGCUGAAAAUUGUUUGCUCACUAUUAGUGAAGCUCUCUUCAAUAAAAGGCCCCCCUCCUGAAAAAAUAAAAAUAAAAUUGAAGGCCGGCAAACUAUUAUCUACCGUAAAUGGAUCUUGCUAUUCAAUAAUUUGUAUGUUUGAAAUUCCCAGCGAUAAGAAUAAGUUGAAGGCUAUUUCUAUUAUGAUUCUGGAAAACAUGCAACCAUACAGAAAUAUUUCAGUGACGAGACACUGAAUGAAUAUGUUAAAUUAACAUCAGAUGCUCAUUGGUUCGAUGUUUUGAAUUUGAAUCUUCAAACGCCCAUGUCGAGCAUCUACUGAUUUCUAUUUGUGCCAUUUCUUGAGCUGCACUAGCACAAUAAUGCAGAAUCUAAGGGGAUUAUUAAAGAGAGAGUGCAACAAAAUGCAAAGAAAAGGGGCUCCUGAACGUGUUUUGUGAAGCCUGAACGUUGGUGUGUGUGUGUGCAGCCCAGUCAGGCUGGAUCCACAGUCACCUGUGAAAUGAGAAUCCGUGGAGAGUGCAGAGCGGACAGGCCUGAAUGGGUCUAGUCACUAGAGCGGAUUGUCGAAGGUGUCGAGGGGCCUGGCCGACCAAAAGCAGCCUCUGUGUGCGUCCAUUUCAGAACAUAUCAGCGAGGACUUUUCAAGUGUACAGUGUGUCAUUCAAAAAAAAAAA